UUCUUUCAAGUUUUUAUGAAUUGGGUUCAACUUUACGGCACGCGCUGCCGCACGAUGACACCGCCGAGCGGGCCAGGGGCAGCUUUGAAUUGGAUGCGCCUCUCCGGCCGCGGAUUCGGUUUGAUCCGAAUCACGCGAGUUGGCAGGCCUGCGCACCCGCACCCGCACACCACCCAUCCAACCGCCCACCGCCUGCUCUGCACGAAAACAACAAUCGGAUUCCGACAGCAAAUGGACCACACAAUACCGCCCAAAGAGUUCAAGUGGACGCCGGGCAAUCUGAUCAACGAGAACUUUAAGUUGGGCGACAAUGGUCACGUUUGCGUAGUCCUUAACCGCCAGAUCCAGGUUCCGUCGCACGUGGUCAAGCUACUGUGGAAAAACGCUGCCGUGCGCUGUGCCGUCGAUGGAGGCUCCAACCACUGGCGUGACUUUGUCGUGGCUCAGGCAAUGUCAAAAAAGGCCGCAGCCACCACACCACUUGAGCCACUCGACGUGAUAACGGGUGACUUUGACUCGAUCACCGAAGAUACGGUGGAUUUCUUCAAGACCACUCCGAAAGUUCACACUCCCGAUCAGGAUGCCACGGAUUUCACCAAGGCCAUCGCAGUGCUGCAGCCUGUUAUGGCGCAGCGCAAGAUCCGGGAUGUGGUGGUGUUCCAUGACACUUCCGGCCGGUUGGACCAAGUGAUGGCUAACAUCAAUACGCUGUACAAAUCCCAGAAGGACAACUGCAAUGUAUUUCUGCUGAGCGGAGAUUCGGUCACGUGGCUUCUGCGACCGGGCAAGCACACGAUACAGGUGCCAGUUGACCUUGUCACUAGUCAGCGGUGGUGCUCCCUGAUGCCCGUGGGCUCGUCGGCGCACAACGUGACCACCACUGGCCUCAAGUGGAACCUAUAUCAUGCACAAAUGGAGUUCGGUGGUAUGGUCAGCACAUCGAACACCUACGCAACGGAGUUCGUCCAGGUCGAGACGGACGCCAACCUGAUCUGGUCCAUGGGCGCCUACGACUUCGAGGAGAAGGUGCGGCAGACCGCCAAGUCAUGAGAGGCUAAUCAAAGAAAUUAUGUACUUAAGUAAGGAUAAGGUAACCCCAAUGUACAAUGUUAAUGACCAAAGCGGAAACCGAUUGUUUUUUUGUGUGGAGCGAUUACUAUAGUGUUGUUAUUGUUUAACAAAAUGAACGUUUAUGUAAAAAUUCAAGGUGAUAAGCUUAAUUCUAAUUACUAACAUUUUAGAAUGAAAUUGGGUUGGACAAAUGCUUGAACAACUUUAAAAGGUUUUACCAAAAACAAAUAGGGAUGAAGUACACACUUUUUCUCUUGAUGAAAAAUAAAUUGUUGUUGCUACAAAACUGAAUAUAGAAGCGUAA